GUAAAUACAAUGUGUUGAGUGCUUCGUUAAAUAAAACAUUUCCUUCCUCUCCUUUUGGUGACAUCUCGAAGUUGAUUCUGUUUCUUUAAUAAAUGUAGGUGUAUUUAUGACGUAUUGCAUCGUGUCUUUCAGUGGGGGAGGGGGAGACCACGUGCGACUGUGGGAAACACGUUCAGGCGGGAAAAUGCGAGACUGACCUUGACAUUCGAGACAACGUCUGCCCAGUCACGUGCAAGAGACGUCGAGGUAAGCUGAAAGUUCGCAUGCAUGCUUACCUCUCUCCUCUUCCUCUCCCCCCCCUCUCCCUCUCUAUCUCCCCCUCUGUCACUUCCUCCUGAGUCUCUGUUUCUCUCUGUCUCCGUCUCUCUCUGUCUGUCUGUCUGUCAGUCUCCAUUGGACUAUUUCUCGUUCCAGCCAAUGCAUCUCGACUCGUAUAUCAAAAGCCGUGGUACUGAUGGAAAAAUGUAGCGGGUUUUCUCUCUAAAACUAUUUAUCAGAAUUACCAGUAGCCGGUGAUUAAUAAAUCAAUGUGCUUUAGCGGUGUCGUUAAAUCACACACUUUAAUCAUCAACACUGUUUAUUAUAAAUAAUUUCAGCUUCAUUUGACAGAAAAAGAAAAUUAGAAAAAAAAAAAGAAAAAAGAAAAAGAAAAAGGGAAGGACUGUAGAAUAGUACUCGAAAUCAAACCUUGAACACGGUUGUGUAAAAAAAAAAAAAAAGAGAAAAAAAAAGAAAAGAAAAAAAAAAGAAAGAUAAUAUAUAUACAUAAUUUUCUUUCAGAGGUAACAUGCGUUGAACCCCCGUCCUACCCGAACGCCGCGCCGUCCAGUGAAAGGAGAUAUUUUGGCACACUCACCUACACGUGUCAGCCGGGGUAUAUUAACGAGGGUGGGGCAGGGACAAUGUACUGCACGCUCAACAGGACGUGGGUUCAAGACUCUUUGAAGAAAGGUGUUUAUCCCCAGUGCAAACGAGCAGCAGCAUUCACGUCAACCUUCACGAAAAUCACUUUUCCGGAAACCUACUUGGAGAUUGCAUACGUGAAUGACGUCAGAGCUCAGUCAUCUGUGGCGUGUGCGCGGUCAUGCGCAGUUCUCGCGGAGUGCACGCACUACAUCUUUAAGAAGCCUGAAGCGUGCACCCUGUACAAUGCUCACGGAAGCAAUACAGUGAAUGUAACAACCUCUGUCGUUUGGAGAAGAAACCUGGUGGAACCAUGAAUUUUCAUAUUAAACACGGGCAUAACUAGGCUGUCGAAAUAUGUACCCAAAUGAU